GCCAAAUCGUGAGAAGAAGAAGCGGCAGCGGAAGAAGAGGAAGAGGCAGCAGCAGCUCAGCUCAUAUGGCUCAGCUGAUGAAGCUGAGGUGAAGUGUGCGGAAGCAGCAGGCUCAUUCAUGACUUCACAGGUGUUUGUGUUCUACUUCGCUAAAAGUGUGGAGCUAACUGGAGUGAAGCAGGAGGAGGUCACUGCAGUGCCAACACCAAUCAGUAGCCGGGACCUUUGGAACCUGCUGGUACAGCGACAUCCGAGACUGUCUAUCCUUCAGGGUCAAGUUGUGUUGGCAGUGCGUCAGCAAUACGUUGACAUUGGCGACCAGGUGGUAACCCUGGGAGACGGGGACGAGGUGGCUGUUGUGCCACCUCUCAGUGGAGGAUAGAACACAACAGAUAA